UCACACAAAAAAGAAAAAAAAAAAAAAUGUCUCAAGAACACAGUUCGAGAAUAAAAAUAAUAUCAACGUGCAAGAUCAAAGUGGCAUCUGAAUCAACGGCUAGGAUCAACUUGACUGCAUGGGAUCUCGGGCUUCUAUUUCUCGAAUACAGUCAAAAGGGCCUUCUCUUCCGCAAGCCCAGCCCGCACCAAGAAACCAGGACCUUAAUCCACCACCUCAAAUCAUCCCUCCAACGCACGCUCCACUUCUUUCCCCCACUCGCCGGCCGCCUCUUAACCACCACAUCCGACGACGGCGCCGCCACUACCUUCUUCAUCGACUGCAGCAGCAACAACAUUGAAGGAGGCGCACUUUUCGUCCAUGCAAAAGUUGAAGACGCGAAUUUCGGUGUUGCCGAUGUACUCGGCUCAUCAACUAAUUAUUACGUUCCCGAAAUUGUUGGGUCUUUCUUCCCGCUCACCGGAGUUCGGAACCACGGCGGCGUUACUCAGCCGCUGAUGGCGGUUCAGGUGACUGAGCUGGCGGAUGGAUUGUUCGUGGGGUGCAGCAUUAAUCACUUGUUAGUUGACGGCACUUCUUUCUGGCAUUUCUUCAAUUCCUGGGCUCAGAUUUCCCGGGGAGAUAAUAUUAAUCCAAUUUCCAAACCACCGAUUCUGAAUCGAGAUCAAAUUAAUCUCGAUUUAUCCGGCUCCGGCAGCAUCUAUAUCCAUGAUAAACAUCUCAUUCACCUGCCCAAUAAUAAUAAUAAUAAUAAUAAUAAUAAUAAUCAAGCUGAAUCGCGGCGAAGACAAGUAUUGAAGGACAGAAUCUUUCACCUGAGCAAAGAGAGUGUAGCGAAGCUCAAACGAAGAGCCAACGAAGAAAUGGGGGAAAUUAGUAAAGGCAAAAUCUCAUCUCUGCAAGCAAUCGUAGCCCACGUAUGGCGGUGCAUCAUACGGUGUCGUUUCGCGAUGGACGAUUGUGAAGAAACGACGACGUUUGAGGUACCAAUGGGGGCGAGGCAGAGGAUGGAGCCACCUCUCCCAGAAGAAUACUUCGGGAACGCGGUUUUUCCGGGGAUUGUGACGGUGGAAACUUCGAAGUUACUGGAGAACGGGCUGGGCUGGGCCGCGUGGCAGAUAAAUAGGAUGGUGGGUUCUGGAAACGGGCCGGGUAAAGUGAAGGAGCUUUACACGGGCUGGAUUAAAGAGCCCGUAUUUCUGCAAUUUGAAGGGCUACCGAGGAAUUCUUUUAUACUGAUAAAUUCUCCGAGAUUUGACGUUUAUGACGGUAACGAUUUCGGGUGGGGGAAGCCGGUGGCGGUUAGAAGCGGAAAGGCUAGUAGCUCUGACGGAAGGAUAACGGUUACUCGAGGGGUGGGAGAAGGGAGUGUGGAUAUUGAGGCGUGUUUGGCUCCUGAAACUUUGUCUGCCAUGGCGGAUGACUCGGAGUUCAUGGAGUACGUUAAAUAACAUGGAAAUGCUUGCACCAUGCACCAAAAUGCGAAAUCUCUUGCCCCAGAGACUCCAUUCCUUGCCCUACAAGGAUUGAUGGAGAAUAACAUGAAAAUGCGUAUGCUAAUCAUGAGUUGCUUAAUUAAUUGCUUUAAGUUUUUUUUUUUUUUUUCGAGUAUUCAAUCGUACGAAUAACGAUCUUCAUAUAGUUUAUGUUUAAGAUCUUUUAAAAAUAAUAUAAUUACGGUC